UGUCUUAAAAAGGUCAAAUACUGUUAUAAUGAAAAUUUCUAUAAUACUACCACCAUACCAAUGAUCAAUUUAUUUCAAGCAAUAUCUAAUAACAACCUGGUAGUACAAAAUAGUUGAGAAUUUUUGGAAAAUUUUCACAGCAAAGUUAGUAAUAAUUUCAUAAAUAUUCAUAAAUAUAUUACUGAAAUGAUUUCUGAAAAUGCUCAAAAACUGCCAGAAAGAAACUAGAAUUUAGACAUUUAAAUGUGGAUUAAAAAAACUAAUCUACAUUCUUAUAGCGAGAGCCAGAUUGUUUCUUUUGGUUUCUUUAAAUGCUGUAUCUUACUGGAUUAUGAAAUGAAACAUGCCUUUUCCUUUGUGCAUAAAUGAGAUUUUAAAAUCAUUGACUUUGGUUAUAGUUUUUAUAUAAAAUAAUCUUAAUAGGUUUGUAAGAUCAAGUCAGUAGUUUUAGGAACCUCUCCAAAAGUUCUCAGUUAAAAAAAAUAAAACAACAAACUUCAGCUGAGUAAGAAGACUCUUUUCUUACAGGAAUUCCUAUAAUUCUGUUCUUCAUAGGAGGGAAUAUAUACACCCCUCCUCCAGGUAUCUUUUUUUUUCUCAUUGCAUUGUAAGGUCUAAACAUAAAUGAUUUUAUAUUCCUGACAUCUUAAACAUAUUCUUGGUAACAGAUUAUUACAACUUUCUAGGGAAAAAAGUAGAGCAACCAGCAUGCUGAAUGAGUGACGCUUUGUUCAUAUUUUGGCCAUAGGUUUGCCUUAAGAAAUAGCACACCCUUCAGAAUGGAAGAAUUUAUCUGCCUCCUAUUUGAUGGGGUUCAGAGCUAAGAUGGCUGACUAAAUAAACAUGGGGGACUGGAAUUUCCUUGGAGGCUUUCUGGAGGAAGUUCACGUCCACUCCACCAUGAUUGGAAAGAUGUGGCUCACCGUCCUGUUCAUAUUUCGAAUGCUUGUUCUGGGUGUAGCUGCUGAAGAUGUCUGGAAUGAUGAGCAGUCUGACUUCAUCUGUAAUACAGAACAACCCGGCUGCAGAAAUGUAUGCUAUGAUCAGGCCUUUCCUAUCUCCCUCAUUAGAUACUGGGUUUUGCAGGUGAUAUUUGUGUCUUCACCAUCCCUGGUCUACAUGGGCCAUGCUUUGUACCAACUGAGAGUUCUGGAGAAGGAGAGGCAGAUGAAGAAAGCUCAACUGAGGGGUGAACUGGAGGAGGCAGAGCUUGAAAUGCCCGGGGAUCGGAGGAGAUUGGAGCAAGAACUGCGUCAGCUUGAGCAAAGGAAACUAAAUAAAGCUCCACUCAGAGGAACCUUGCUUUGCACUUAUGUGAUACACAUUUUCACUCGCUCUGUGGUUGAAGUUGGGUUCAUGAUUGGACAGUAUCUUUUAUAUGGAUUUCAUUUAGACCCUCUAUUUAAAUGCCACGGCCACCCGUGUCCAAAUAUAAUUGAUUGUUUUGUCUCAAGACCCACAGAAAAGACAAUAUUCCUAUUAUUUAUGCAAUCCAUUGCUACUGUUUCACUUUUCUUAAAUGUUCUAGAAAUAUUCCAUCUAGGUUUUAAAAAGAUUAAAAGAGGGCUUUGGGGACAAUAUAAAUUGAAGGAUGAACAUAAUGAAUUUUGUACCACCAAGUCAAAACAAAACCUUGCCAAAUAUCAAAACACAUCUGCAAAUUCACUGAAACGAUUCUCUUUUGCACCUGAUUACAGUCUGUUAGUGGAAAAGCAAACACACACAGCAGCGUAUCCUGGUUUAAAUCCACCUGCAUUUCAGACAGAUCCUGAUAAUCACAGUGGAAAUGAUGACAAAGGCAUUUUGGAUGAACAGGAAACGCUACUUUCUGAGAUGUGCAUGCUUAGUACUACCUGUGGUCAUCUUCAAAACAUCAACUCAAGUAAUAAAGAAGACACUCACAAAAUAUCUGGAAAAGAAGUUAAUGGUAACCAGUUGAGGGGAAAAAGAGAAACUGAUGGCAAAGACAGCAAAAGGAACCACUACUCUAAAGGUCACUGUUCUAUUCCAGGUGAUGAUAUAGAUCUGAACAACCACACGGGGCAGUCAUCCCAAACAGCUUUCUCUCUGCCAGCUAACUACACCUGGAAACCGAAAUGGCUUCGUGCUGCCUGGGGUCCCUCUGCAGAAAAUGAAAACCAGGCAUUACCUCCUAAAGGUAACCUCAAGGGCCAGCUCAGAGAGAGCACAAUCAGAACCCUUCCUCCUUCACAGGGAGACUUCCAUCCACUUGACAUUCCAGACACUCCUGAUUCUUUGGGAGGGUUGUCCUUUGAAUCCGAGUUGGUCAGAACCUGCAGUAACCCUACUGCUUGUCCUCCAAAUCAUUUAGUGUCGCUGACAAACAAUCUCAUUGGUAGGCGGGCUCCCACAGACCUUCAGAUCUGA